AUGGAUCCGAAUCCAACCACGAUGUGGAGUUCCAUAGUGAAGAAAGACCCUCCUACGAAGCCUCCGGCUACCGAUGGAGCUCCGGCAGCGAUUCUCGGGACGGUCGGAAGCUGCAAAUCCACAAAGGGAAUCUCUAUUGCGGUGAUUGAUGCCAACGCCAUCAUUCAUGGAGGACAGAACUUAACCAACUUCGCCGACAAGUUCGUAACCGUCCCUGAAGUAAUCUCCGAGGUUAAAGACGCAGCUUCUCGCCACCGUCUCAACUACCUCCUCCCAUUUACUAUCGAAGAGAUGGAACCUUCUCCUGAUUCUCUCAGCAGAGUUGAGAAAUUUGCUAGAGCUACUGGUGAUUUGCAAACGCUCUCUAAGGUUGAUCGAAAACUGAUUGCUUUGACAUACACGCUCGAGGCUCAGGUUCAUGGCACGGAACAUCUCAGAGAGGUUCCUCCACCGAUUCAAACUGUUACAGUAAAGAGGUUACCUGAGAAGGAUUUACCUGGUUGGGGAUCCAAUGUAGCCAACUUGGAGGAGUGGGAAGCAUUAGAAGACGAGACCGAGGAAAAAACUGAUCCAAACUCCAAAAUCCUCCCGCUUAAAGACCUUAACAUGAAUAUCCUUCCCUCUGACACCUGUUCUGAGGCUGGUUCUCUUGUGUCGCAUCAAGAAGGAGAUGAGCAAGAAGGUGAGAGGAGGCAGAAGCGAUACCCGCCAAAGAAAACAGAGGUGAAGCUUGAGGGUAAGAUGGUAGUGGAGGGAGUAGAUGCGUCGAAAGGCGAAUGUGAUGAUGACGAUGCUGGUGGUGCCUGGAGACCUGCGGUUAGUAAGAGUACUCACAGAAAGUAUCUUAGAAGAAAGGCCAAGUGGGAACAUUACAGUGCCUUGGCUGAACAAGAUAUGCAGCAAGAUCUUGAAGCUGACAAAGCUGGUGGUAACAUGACUGAGAACUCAACUGAUGACAAGUGUGCAAAGAAUGACGAGGAUCUUUCUUCCGUCCUUAAAGAUAUGAGGUUGGAGGAAGAUUCAUUAAAGUCUCUCCAAGAAGAGGCGAGUGCUGAAACUGCUUUAAUUGAUGGUGAGGAUGAUAUUGAAGCUGAGGGGAUCGACGUUGCGAGUGAGGCUGGGGAGACAUUUGAGGCAUCAUCGAUGGCAGAUGAUGGUAGCAGCGAGCAGAGUUGGUCGUUGAGAGCCUUAUCUGAGUCCAGUGUAGCUUGUAUUACCGGUGACUUUGCAAUGCAAAAUGUUAUUCUUCAAAUGGGUUUGCGUUUGCUUGCUCCCGGAGGAAUGCAGAUUCGCCAACUAAACAGGUACACUUGA